UGGUACGUCAAUACUAUGAAGUGCAAGUAUACGACGAGUUUGUGAUAAGUGGUAACACAGCAGUGAUCAAGUGCCAUGUUCCUUCCUUUGUUCGGGAUUACGUGAGCGUCACAUCUUGGAUCAGAGGAAACGGCGAGAGGAUAGUUUCAGAUGUAUUAAUAGGUGGACGAUAUUCCGUAUUCGCAACAGGGGAACUUCACAUCCGUCAUGUCACCAAAGCCGACGAGUUCCAAUCAUAUCAUUGUGAAACUCAGCACAUUCUGACAGAUGAAACCACAGUCUCCGCUCUUGCUGGCAGAUGGCACCGAGUAAAUCGAAAAGAGGAGGUUCCGGUAGUACAAGAUGGCCGCAUUAAGCAAGUGGGAGGAUCUCUGCUCAUACGGCAAGUCACGUCUGCAGAUGCUGGAAAAUAUGUAUGUGUGGCAUCAAGCAGUGUUGGCUCAGAAAGAACACACACAACACUAGAGGUUUGGGCUCCGCUGACUGCUCACAUAACCCCUCAAGUGCAGACUGUUGAUGUAGGGAACAUUGCUACUUUCAAGUGCUCACCAGAGGGAUUUCCCCAAGACAGCAUUUUAUGGUUUAAGGACGGCAAACGCUUAGAGGUGACCGGCCGUGUUCGGGUGGAGGGUCAACGCACCGUUGUAGUGGAGGACGUUCGUCGAGAGGAUCGAGGGAUGUAUCAGUGCCUUGUAAAGAACUUAGAAGACACAGCUCAGGGGUCCGCUCAACUCAAACUCGGCGAUGCGUCUCCACAGUGGAGGAGUACAAGCGGCCCAAAAGUUGUAUCCCCGGGAGCAACUGUGAUGCUAAUGUGUGCUGUGCAGGGCUCUCCUCCGCCCGCUAUCACAUGGACGCUGCAAGGCCAGCCUGUUCCUAAUAACGACCCCAGGAUCAAGCAUUCAGAAAAGUACCACCGCAAAUAGAUGAGAGGAUGUUUUCCCUUGGGUCUGGCUUCCCUGCAAAGUCGCGAGCAAGGAUUAUGUGUGUUGUUGAACGGGGAGACUUACCUUUAUCAUUCACCUGGACGCACGACGGCCGCCCAAUAACACCAGGACCAAGCACAUCUAUUCGAUCACUCGAUGAAGUUACAAGCGUCUUAUUGUUCACUUCACUUCGAGAAGAGGAUGGUGGCAAAUAUACUUGCACAGCUACAAAUGCAGUUGCUUCGGACUCUCGAACUGUAGAACUUGUUGUGAAAGUUGCUCCAACCUGGAAGGUAGAGCCAGAGGAUGCGUCAGUUGUUGUUGGAGAAGACUUGUUGCUGCCUUGUGCCGCCAACGGGUCUCCGACGCCCACGAUCACAUGGCGCAGGGCGGAAGGCGCUGUUCCAAGGCAAUACCGUCCUGUGACUUCCCUAGGAGAUAAUGUCAGAGUGAGUUCUAACAGCAGCCUAAUGGUGCAGAACAUCAAAAGGAACCAGGGAGGAGAGUUUCUGUGCAGUGCUUCCAAUGAUGUUGGGUCAGAUCUUUCUAAAUCUAUACGAGUUACUGUAAGAGUGCCACCACAGUUUGAAGAACAUGAAGAGAAUGUCACUGUGUCAGCCGGGCGAAGUGCAAUAUUGAAAUGUGAAGCUUACGGUGAUCUUCCAAUAACUGUUACAUGGACAACUGGCAAUCCAGCUUCAAGGAUUCUUGGAUGAAUGUUGGCCGCAUGAAGACCGUAGAAGUAAGCAAGCCUAUUGCCCGCAUAGACGACCUAAUGCCCGCUCAGGCCUACUUAGUUCGAGUAGUGGGAAUCAACAGUGUUGGCGCCUCCAAGCCAAGCCCGGAGGUGCGCAUUUCAACAGCUCACGAACCCCCGACAGCCACGCCGACCAGUGUCCGAAUCAUACCGCUUUCUUCCACAAGUUUAAGGGUUACAUGGCAGCCUCCAGACACAGUCAUGGCGCAGAGAGCGAGUCUUGGCUAUUACGUUGGCUAUAAAGUGGCCAAUUCAUCGGAGCCGUUCCGUUACCAGAAUCUAGAUCCUUCACCAACCAUCGUCUACCGACCUGAGGUUACACUGAAGUCCCUACAGAAAUUCACGAGUUACGAGGUUACCGUUCAAGCUUUUAACUCUGCCGGAGCCGGGCCACGAACAUCACCAAUCACAUCUACGACGGAGGAGGAUGUUCCUAGUGAAGCACCACGCGACGUCCACUGCAGCAGUUUGUCGUCAACAUCUAUCCUUGUCCGCUGGACACCACCGCCUCCUACUUCGCUGCAUGGUAUUCUUCAAGGCUACAAGCUAGUUUACAGGUCACUUCACCGAAACAGAUUCUUCCAUCCUGAUGAUGUGAGUGAGAAAACUGUUGUAACUUUGUCAUCAUCACUACAAGGCUUAGAUCGAUACACUAAUUAUAGUGUCAUGGUCGCAGCUUACACAAGAAGAGGAGAUGGUGUUCGAUCUGACCCGGUGCACUGCGUCACAGAGGAAGACGUUCCUGGGCCUGUCGAAUCUGUGAAAGCACUACCUGUUGAUGAUCAGAGUGUUCUGGUGGCAUGGCGCCCUCCCAAAUCGCCCAACGGAGUUAUUACAAAAUACUCGGUGCAUCUUAGUCACCCGCAUCAACAGGAUCCCUCGAGAACAUCGUGGGGCAGCAACAGCGGAGGAAGUGGGUCAUGGUCCGUCUCAGAUUCACGCAGCCCUUCAGGUUCAUCAUGGGAAAGCAGAAGAUCUACUGGCAAUGAUGACAACAUAGGCCGCUCGUGGGUGGUGUCAGGUUCCGAGCGUCAGUAUCUGGUGUCAGGCCUUGUAUCAGCCAACACCUACGGAUUCACUGUCCGAGCUUCGACAUCAGUAGGUGAAGGACCUACAGGCAGGAUGGUCAUUCAAAGGCCACGAAAAGAUGCCCCAGCUGCCAUUGCCUCAUUUUCUGAUAAAACAACAGCUGUCUGGGGAGAGGAAAUGCGCCUUGCAUGCCGAGUUGUUGGAAAUCCCACACCAACUCGAACCUGGACAUUCAAUGGGAAAGUGAUAUCCUCCAAUAACCAAAGAAUGAAGGAAUACCCGGACGGAAAUUUGCUAAUAACUGAAGUGAAGUCGCAAGACACUGGAAACUAUACCUGCACAGCGUCUAACAUUCACGGCUCUGAUGUUAUCACUUAUACACUCACUGUUCAAGUUCCUCCAUCGCCGCCACUUGCUUAUGUGUCAGAUGUCACUUCCACUACACUGACUGUUCGUUGGCGGACAACUAAUAAUGGCGGCGCUCUAAUCCUAGGAUAUUAUCUUUACGAAAAACGUGAGUUUGGUGAAUGGCGUCGUAUAGAAGUGCCUGCUGUAGCAGACUCCUACACAUUAACUGGACUUCAGUGCGGCACACGGUACCAAGUCUAUAUUACUGCCUACAACCAUGUGGGAGCAUCGCAACCGAGUGAUGCCAUUCCUACUAAAACACUGGGCCGAG